GCGAGUGGCGGCUCCAUCCCCGAGUGAAGCAGCGCGCUUCACCCCCUUGUUCUCCUUGUCGGGGGAUUUAAACUUAAACAAACUCUUGACUUUGAGCGAGCUGGACUUACUCAUGGUGAGAAGUUUGUGUUGUUUUCUGCUGCCGCCGCUGCUGCUGCUGCUGCUGCUGCUGCUGGACCUGCAGAGCGGGUUGUUGCUGCUGCUUACUACAGCAGCUGGAUUUACCCACACUGAGAACUCCCACAGGUGAGAAAGGUGCAGCUGUGUCAAGUCAGUCACACGAAGCUGCAUUUCCGUUUGGAUGCUUUUCAGAAUAAAACAAAAACAAAAACACACAAUUUCCUAUUUUCACAUUAUAAAAAGUUGACUCACGUUUGCUGUCUCACAGAAACUACUCACAUACAAGUUCCGGGGCUUUAAUACACACUUUCAAUCCAUAAUUGAUGGGUUACUGAACGGGGCCUCCCGGGCCCAGGCCCAGGGGCCCAAAGCCUCUGUGGUAAAAGUCACAUAUCUGUACUUUACUUUGUUAUUACUUUGACUUUUACUCGACUACAUUUCCUCUAACUCUCUUUGUUACUACCAAAUAAAAUCAGUUGAUAUUAUGGUCUGUAUUUAUUUAGCACAUUUCUAGUCUUAAUGAGCUGCUCUACACUACAGUUUUCACCCAUUCACACGUUGGUUAAGUGUGGACAGAUAGACGAGCAGAGGCAGGAAUUGAACCCACAGCCUUCCAGUUGAAAGACAACUCACUCUACCACUGAUCCACCAUGGCUCAAUCCUUACUCCUCACUUUUUUUUAAAUGCUUUUUAAUACUUUUGCUUCUAAAACUUAAGUACUUUUCCCACCUGUGCCCAGGGGCCACUGGCUCCUAAUCCAUCCCAGGGCAAAAGGUCAGCUCCCACAUUGUUACAAUAAAGAGUGAAUAUGAUGAUGUGACAGCGACUAAAACCUGUUUCAGACACGAAGGACAGUUAAAGUAAAUACAUUUAAAACAAAGAGCAAAUAAUGAACAUUUAUUUUUCCACUUAAAAUGAUGUUCUGUGUUGUUUUUGUGAAUUUAUUUUCAAAGCUGUAGUUCAUAGUUGGUUUCUAAAGCCCUUCUUAUUUGUUUAAAUCCACGUUACAUCCUGCCAGCAGCAACAAAUGAAGGUGGUAAAAACCCACUGUCUUCUGCCCCCUGGUGGCACCAUGGAGAUACUUCAGGUGGGCUUUCCAUUUAUAAAGCUGCAGCAUCUUCAGUCACCUAACCCCAAUAAGGAAUCUGAGGGAGGAAGGAAACAUGGCCAAGGAAACAUGGAUUGUGACUAGAAGGUUGCCAGUUUAAAUCCCUGACUCUAAGAGAUGAUGAUGGUGACACUGAGAGCCCCACACUGAGCCUCCCUUUUCAUAUGCAGCCGGGACACAGAUCACAGGUAUCAUCACAGUGAAGAGAGAAGGUGAGAGGCGUCAGUACCCAGGAUUAUAAACAUGGAAUUGUCAACAUCAGACUAUGACAACUGGACCACGUCAGACAAUGACAACUGGACCACGUCAGACUAUGACCCAAAUGAAGAGCUCUGCAACCUGCAGCUUGACCCCGAGGAGAUCAUGGCCCAAGCGUACACCCAGGCCAUCAUCUGUGCCUUUGGCCUGAUGGGCAACACUCUGGUCAUCCUCACCUACGUGUUCUACAAGAGGACCAAGACCAUGACAGACGUCUACCUCUUCAACAUGGCCGUGGCCGACCUGCUCUUUGUGCUGGCGCUGCCGUUCAUCACAUACAACGAGCAGCACAACUGGUCAAUGGGCCUCGUGGCUUGCAAGAUACUGGGCGCGGCCUACAGCAUCAACCUCUACAGUGGCAUGCUCCUGCUCGCGUGCAUCAGUGGUGACCGCUACAUCGCUAUCGUUCAGGCCAGAAGGUUCUUUGGCGCUCGCUCGCGCACGCUGAUGUACGGCCGCAUCAUCUGCUGCGCUGUGUGGGUGUUUGCUGUGGUUUUGACUCUGCCCACGUUCAUCUACACCAAGCCCUCUGAAGGCCCCGUCCUCGGCGCGUCGGCUGUCGUCACGUGUCAGCUGUCUUUCAGCGAGCGCGAGACAGCUCGGCUGAUCAAGCUGCUGGUUCCCAGCCUUCAGAUGUCCAUCGGCUUCCUGCUGCCUCUGGCGGUGAUGAUGUUCUGCUACUUCAGCGUCAUCUGCACGUUGCUGAGGACGCAGAGCAGCCAGAGGCACAAGGCCGUCCGCGUGGUUCUGGCUGUGGUCGUGGUUUUCAUCGUGUGCCACCUUCCGUACAACGUGGCUCUGAUGAAUCACACCAUGUCUCUUUUCAAGGUGAGGAGCUGCGCGGCGGAGAAGAUUAAACUCCGAGUGCUGGCCUUCUCCAGGGGCGUGGCCUACCUCCACUGCGGCCUCAAUCCCGUCCUCUACGCCUUCGUCGGGGUCAAGUUCAGGAGCCACUUCCAGCAAAUCAUGCGGGAUCUGUGGUGCAUUAGCAAAAAGUACAUCUACCCCGCUGUGCGCUCAUCACGCGGAACAUCGGACGUUUGCGUCUCCUUAAAGUCUUCAGACGGCAACAACAACAUGUCGUCAUUCACUGCAUGAAGCUGCAGAUCUGCAGAGAAUCUGUGUGAAAUGUGCUGAGAUAAAGGCAAACAUAUGAGAACUGUGAGACACAGAAACACACACAACACAGAUGACAGGCAACACACUGAAACCUUCACCUUCAGAAGUCCAAAUAUCACAUCCUAGAGGUAGAGACGCUCACCUAAAGUCCAAAACUAAAAGAAAAUCAGAAUAUUAAAUCCAAAAACACAAAUCCAAAGAUGAAUAGAAACCCUUUAACAUUUAAAAAGUUUAAAGCGGUGUUGUUACAAGAUCCCCAACAGGUUGAAGGAUAAAGUUAAUAAAUGAAUAAACAUUAGCGAUUAUUAUCACAUUUCUGUGGCACAGUGUGGUGUUGUUGCUCAAAGUAGAAUAGGCAGAUGUUGUGUGUGCUUUAGACCGUAUUUGCUGAUAAGAUAGUUCAGUUUGAGUCUUUACAUACGGGUGUAAAACUAUUGGACCUUGGAUUGAACCAAACGUCCAGAAUUUUCUAAAUAAAAGCAAAGCUGCUUUAAACCAAUGACAAUGGAGUUUUUGUUUGAGAGCAGCAUCGAGGGUAUAUUUGAAACUGUCUUGUGUAUUAUUUUGGAUUGAAGUUUUCUAGUCAUACUGUGGGGAUUUCAUUUUACUAAGCACCUUAGGAUGUUAGUGGGUCAUAAUCUGUGGACACUGAG